CGUAGAAAUCCUUGUGAGACAUCUUCUUUACUCAACCGCCCCUUAUAUUCUUCCCCUUCCACAUUUAUCCAUUUCUUCUUUUUCUUUUUCUGUUUUUUUCAUUUUCAGUUUAACUCUCUUUCUCUCUCUCUCUCAGUUAAAAAAAUUAGGAAAUCAGAUAUGGCGGAUCAUCAAAGAGACGGAGGAGAAAACUACUUCCCAUUGGCCUUCCAUCAAAACAAGGAAGCAACAGGAGGAAAUGGAAACAAAUAUGGAGGACUUGCGCCAAAAAAGAAGCCAUUGAUUUCAAAGGACCAUGAACGUGCCUUCUUUGACUCUGCGGACUGGGCCUUAUGCAAGCAGCAGGGAGCAGGGCUCUGUAACAGUGUGGCCGUUGAAAAACUACAGCCUAAACUUCAGAGGACCCCAAAGCCACAGCUUCCACCAAGGAGGCCGGUGUGCACAUCCGAGAAGGGCAAUAUCGUAGAAUUAAUAGAGAAUUAAAAGCCUAUGUGAAGAAAUCUCAGAGCAAAAGGUCUAUGGAAUGGAAGGAUUCAUUUAAUUGUGCAAUUUUUAGCAGCAAAAUUAAUUCCAAACAACCUUUUUCUUUUCUUUUUAAAUGAAGAUGAUUGAAAUAUUUGUAUCAUUGAAAUCGACUUUUAAUUUGGGAUAUUUUAUGGUUUUAAUUUUUUUGGAUAAA